AUGCGUCCCUUAUAUUAUGCGGAUUUUGAAUUCUCAUACCAUUGGAGUUACACUAAAGGAUACAACACCGCCAUACUGCGACUUCGACAACAUAGUCCAACAUCCACGAAAAUACUGGAACGUGCAAUUGAAAAUGACAUGAAAUUUCAUCCGCAUCUUAUAGUGAAGUAUCUGUCUACGCCUGGGAAUUACACCAUGAAGGAAAUCAACCGACAGUUAUACAUGUUACCUGUGGGAUUGUUUGAUCCGUUAUGGCUAAGACAAGAUGGGCAACAGGCUGACCAUGAGCUGAUGUGA